AUGGACUAUUACCGAAGAGUACACCAGAACUCCUAUCCCCCCCGUCCGUCUCCUCUCAGCAACUCCCAGCAGCCCAGCGAUGACCGAUCACACUCCUACUCGGCGUCCACCAGAGCCCUCGAUCCUCGCCGGGUCCCCGACAAUGAAAAGACCCGCUCAACCGGUCGGUAUGAAUAUCCACAGACUCCCAGCUCCCAUCUUUACUCGCCGGGCACUUCGCGGCCUGGGUCGCAUGCUCUACGGGCCGAGAAUGCCGCGGCGCAGAUUUCUCCGCCGCGGAAUCACCACGCGCACCGCCGCCAUGCCAGCCUAGAGCGACAUGCCAGCCUCGACAGUCGACAUCAUCCGUAUGCGCAUCGGCGUAACAACUCCCAGCCUCUACAUCGAGAAGGUAAGAAAAUGCACUGUUGA